UGUGUGUGUCUCUCUCAUUCUCUCUCAUUGUGUCUCUCUCUCUCUCUCUCUCUCUCUCUCUCUCUCUCUCUCUCUCUCUCUCUCUCUCUCUCUCUCUCUCCCCAAACUCCCUCCCAAAAAUGGGCCGUGCGUCAGUGUAACUGAGGUAAAGUGACCUUUAAUUUCAUCGUCCCAUGGCAGAUCUCCACGAUAACGGCGUUAUGUUGCCGCGGGAGACGCGUCGUGUUGCAAAAACGGCGGCGGUCGCGACCAGCGGUGAGUCUUCAUCCUCCUCCUCCUCCUCCUCCUGCUGCUCAAUCAAUAACGGUGGCUCGCGCUUGCCCGCGCACUCCACGGCCUCUGCUCAUCACCACCACCACCACCACCACGGUGCUCUUCCGAGGAGACACCCACCACCUUACCACUUCAGAGUUCAUCAUCUUUUCCCAGAGGAGAAAGCUCAGGAUCCUGUGGUGAGGAAACAUCUCCCCGCGCUCCAGUACAAGGUGCACGACUCUGCCUUCUGCCGCGUCCUCAGCACGGACACCACCGCUGCCGCUCUGGCCGCCGCCGCCGCCGUGUGCUCAGGCAGUGUGGAUGCUGAUGUGUGGAAGUGUGGAUAUCUGAGAAAACAGAAACAUGGACACAAGAGGUUUUUUGUGUUGAGGGGACCCAGCAACCUUGGGCCCAGUCGCCUGGAGUACUAUGACAGUGAGAAAAAAUUCCGAAAUGCACUAAAAGCUGCUGCCUCCACUGCCGGUGUUGUGUGUCCUCCUAAGAGGGUUAUUUACCUGUCUCAGUGUUUCACAGUCAACAAGAGGGCUGAUGCUAAGAACAAAUACCUCAUUGCUCUUUAUACUAAAGAUGAGUAUUUUGCUAUGGUGGCUGACAGUGAGCAGGAGCAGGAGGACUGGUACCUGGCCCUCACAGAACUGAUGACCGAGGGCAAAAAGGGGCAGCUGGACACGGACGAGUUAGAUGACGGUUAUGGGACCAUUUCACCUGGGACCAUUUUUAAAGAGGUGUGGCAGGUGAAUGUGAAACCCAAAGGUUUGGGGCAGACCAAGAAUUUAAUGGGGGUGUACCGUCUGUGCCUUUCCGCCAAGACAAUUCACCUAGUGAAGUUAAAUUCCGAAACCCCUGCUGUGAACCUGCCUUUGAUGAACAUUCGCCGUUGCGGACAUUCGGAAAGCUUUUUCUUUAUCGAGGUGGGACGCUCUUCUUCUAUUGGUCCAGGUGAGAUCUGGGUACAAGUGGAAGACUCUGUAGUGGCUCAGAACAUGCACGAGACCAUACUGGACACUAUGAAAGCUUUAAAGGCCUUUCCAGACUUCAGACCACGGAGCAAGAGCCAGUCCUCUGGUUCCAACCCCAUACCAUUUAUCACGACGCGCCGCCACUUUGGCAAUCUCCCUCCCAGCCAGACAGGGCUCCAGCGUGCCUCCAGAACUGAUUCAGUGACGGGCAUAUCUCCUGCAGGAAAGAGUAAAAGCAUGAUAGGACAGCGCUACCGUACGUCCAGUGAAGGCGAGGGCACCUCAGAUCGACCGCUCAGCUCGGGCACGGGCAGCUUGUUGCACCUAAACACACCCUGCCUCAAUGUGGGCCGGGAGGAGAGUGGUGGCUGCUGUACCCACGCUUCACCUGGUUUUGCCCAUCAUACCCGCUCUGCCUCGCUGCCCGUAUCGCACUUCCUGUCUGCUACCAGUCCCAUCAGCGUUUCUAGCAGCAGUGGCCACGGUUCAGCCUCAGACACACACACACGACCCUCCAGCUCCUCCAUCUGUGGCUCUCCCAGUGAUGGAGGUUUUAACUCCUCUGAUGAAUUCUGUCCAAGCCCAUGUGACUACAGAUAUUUCCAUGCAAGCAGCAGUACACCUGAACCUCACAGUGACACUCCGCCCAUUAGGGAGGAGAACCGACUUGUGGACUACAUGGCCAUGGAUUGGUACAAAGACACACAGGGUGGAACCAGGACUUUUGAGGAGGAGAGCAGUUAUAUGGAAAGAACUUUUUUCAAGCUCACACAUUACACCAAGCCAAAACCUGGGAACAGUUUAGGUGUCAUGCACCAGAAAGCAACACAGACUUCAUCUUCAUUAGAUGAACCGAGCCCUGUGGAGUCAAAACGGCAUGCUGUCUGCUCCUGCCUCCUUAAAGCAGACUAUAAAUCUUACUCUGAGUUACAUCACCCAAACAGGCCUCCCUCUCUCAACACAGACGGUCAGAAGAAACUGCUUAAGGAAGACGGUUACAUGCCUAUGAUAUACAGCAUCAUCUCCUCUCCUCAUACAGAUUACACCCCUAUGCAACCCAGAGCAAACGACCCGGUCUCCCUGCACCUUCAUCCGUGCUCCUUACAGCAGCUGGACAAACACGGCUACAUGAUGAUGCUGCCACAAGACAACCCUUCUCCUGGAAUAAACAGUCCCUCCAGCAGAAGCCAAAACGAAUAUGAUGAAUACAUGGACAUGUCCCGGGUAAGUGCUGCUGAAGGCUACAGGCAGACUUCCCCUGAAGGCCCCAAGUCUUAUGGCUCCUAUUUCUCUCUUCCACGCUCUUACAAAACCCCGUGCCGAGAGGAUCGCCGAAAAGCAGAAUAUGUUCCCGAGUCGCCUGUUGAACCUCUGAGUCCUACCAGUCCAGGAGAGUACAUUCACAUGGAGUCUGGAGACAGGCCUCCUCAUGCAGGCCCCACAUCCUCCCCAUCGGCAGUGGACUCCCCCACCGGGCCGAGUUCUCAGCCUUGUUAUCAGCUGUGCUGCUCUUCACCUGACCAUGACUACAUGGGUCUAAACAUGGACAACCUUCUGAAGAACCGUCCUCCUCGCCAUUCUCUCGUAGCCCCGUGGAACCCUCCGAACUACGCACGCCCCUUAGGGUGCACCUAUGGCCAGGCUCAGAAUGACUUUGUCCCCAAGAACAUCCACAGAGAAGCUGAGAGUCCCUCCAGGCUGAUACAGCACCUGUGUGUGUCAGAAAGGUCACCCAGCCCUCAAACUGAGCCUAAGGUCAUAAGGGUAGAUCCACAAGGCCGGAGGAGACACAGCUCAGAGACUUUCUACCCUUGUUCUGGUGGCACUGCGGGUGGAUGUACUGCUAGACCCUCUGCCAUUGUGAAUCUUGUAGAAGGCUGUCGAUGGCAGAAUUCGGCCUCGUUUGACAGCAUGUGGUCAUACACAGAAGAUCAAAGAUCUCCAGACUCUGUUCUCCUCACUGCUAACUGUGCCACUGGAGGAACGUGCUGCAACGUUUCAUCCAGCUACCUCAACUAUAUCGCUCUGGACCUGAGGGAAGUCCCCAGGAUGACCCACGAUGCCACACCUCCAUACCCAUCUCACGGGACACUUGAGGAGCAUGAGCUUUGUGCUUGUUUGGACUUAUCCAAGUCAGGAGGACACACCACUGCCUCCAAAGCUCCUGCAGAUCUACAGUCUACACUGUCUUCUGCUUCCUGACUGAUGAUUUAAGUAACAGAAAUGAUUAACAGUGAACAUGCUGUAUGCUGGGAGGAAAUCAGUAUUUUGGAAAUCCAGUGGACUCCAGAGUGCAGAAGAGGAAGCUGCCUCACCCUCAUCCUCCUCCUCUUCAUCAGACCUCGAACUGCAAAGACUGAAUAAACUACACAGCCUCUGUUGCUCUGUCUCUUACAUAACUGCCUCAGACUGGUUCCAUUUUUAUUGUUCAGUUAAAACACACGUGUGUUAUUGUUUACGUGAGUGACUGCGCUGAUCUGAGCUGUGAACUUCAUCUGACUUCGAGCACUUACUAAACUCCAUCAUGUUCUUCUUCUCAGUCCUCACAACCUGCUGAAUCACUGUAAAUACCAGGUGCUUGUGUAUUACAUGAGAUUUUGUAAAAAUGUGCCAACUACUUAGUAGUCCCCUUAACACACACACACACACACACACACACACACACACACCUCUUUAUUUAUUUAGAUCGAUUUGUCUGUCUGAGACAUUUUAGACAGUUUAUUUUUUUGGGGAACUUACACAUCAGUUAAGGGAUUCAUAUUGGCCACACACACACACACACACACCCACACACACACACACACACCACCUUUAAAGUGAGACUAGUUAAUAUUUUGGGUUCCACUGGGGACUUGGAUGCGCUGUAUAUUCCUUAUAGCUGAAUGUUCUGGUGAUGUCGAUGGCGUUUGGGGUGAAUCCUGUUCCCAGCGUGCGAGUCUUCAGACUUCCACUGAUUCCUUUCUGCAUUCACUAAAACACUUCAGAAGGUCCACAGAUGCUGCAGAAGCACAUGUGUGUCUCCUGAAGCAGUAGAUUGCAGUGAUGUUUAGAGAGAGUGUUCUAACGUCUCUGAGCUCUGAGGAGUUUCCCCUCCUGGAGAGUGGGGUGGGGGGUGGGGGGUCUCACUGAACACAAACUCACACUUAGCACUUUGUAGUUAUUAGAUAAAUUUAAAUAAAUGUAAGACAGCGUUUCUGAUUCACAUCGUCACUACCUCCAGUCCAGAUCACUGGAAAUCGAUUCAGUAAAUCUGUCUCAUGCUGAAAAAGAUAAAUGUUUAAUCACCUGGAAUCUCUUUAGAUGUAAAGUCUAGUUUUUACACACACACACACACACACACACACACACACACACACACACACACACACACACACAGAGAGAGUCUCUUUUUGUAUUUGGAAUGUGGAAGGCCACUGAGUAACAUCUUUUCCUUCUGUUGUAUUUUUUUUAUUUAUUUUGAUUUUCUGUGAAAAUGCUGCAGAUGUGUUGAAGUUUUUUACUGUCUUCAGUUUCAGCCAGAGGACAAAGUUUACUGAAAUUGUUCCUCUGGUCCACACAGGUGACGUCCACACAGGUGACGUCCACACAGGUGACGUCCACACAGGUGACGUCCACACAGGUGACGUCCACACCGGUGAAGCCUCCACUUCCUCUCAGUGCUCUGUUCUGAUCUCUGCUGCAUUCAUUCACUUACUUAUCCAUUGAUUGAUUGAAUCUGAUCCAGUUCUGUUCACUGCACACGGCGCCGUCUGUACGGAGCCUCGCUGGCUCACGUGACGCUUACAGAAAGGAGAUGUUCAUGUAAAUAAUGAAGUUAUUUAAGAACGUGUUUUCUCAAAUCUUAUUUAUUUAUUUAUUUAUUUAUUUAUUUAUUUAUUUAUUUAUUUAUGGUUUCUACCUAAGGGAUAUUCCCAGUCCCUUCCUUGCCUGUACCUGAAAGCUUUAUAAGAAGACGUGUUGGCUAGAGGUCGUGGUGGAAAGCUGUGUAGUGAGAAGUGUUUAGCUUUGCAGUAGUCGUCCAGAUUGAUGUUGGGGCAAAAAUCCCCACGCUGUAUGUCAGUGAGCUUUCCAUUUGUUUCCAUGGCACUCUGGCAGCCAUAGUUUUUUACUUUAACUAGCAUUUAUGUCAUGAUAUUGCGUUGCUUUUAAUGUAUGUAAAUGUGAUGUGGGAUUGAGGGAGGGGUGAAGAAUACUAACAGUCCUCUAGGUUUUUUGGGAAGUUUCCUAAACUGCAGUAAUGAGCUGAAAAAGAAUCACGCUCAGGUUUUUAUUUUGUACUUUGAGAUCUUUUGAGGAUCUAGAACUGGGGAACCUGAUAUUGUAAGCAGUGGAAUCAUGGUAUUGGUCUUUUUUUAUUUACCUUGUUGUUUGAGUUUUUAAGGAAGAGAGCAGCAAGAAAAAAUGAGCUGAACUGGGCAGAGUGUGCUGAUGAUUUGCAUUUCUUUUCUCUUGAGGAUUCCAGUCAACGCUCACAAUCUCCUGCUUAAAGUCUGUGAUUGAACCAUGCUGGGAGAACCGGAUCAUUCGAAACACUGUCUUCCUUUGUAAAUAUUGUAAUUUUUUGAUAUCCCUUUCUCUUGUUGAUCAUGCUACACAGCACCCACUGUCCAUGAUCUCAGAAUGAGGGUGUUUGGGGAUUUUUUUGUCAGUUCUACAUUUUUAUAUUUUAUUUUUGGUGUAUAUUUAACAAAUUGGGUUUUGCUUGUCAUAGAGCUAUUGCAAUAAAAAAAGUGCCAAGGUAUUCCUUUC